UAAUAUCAAGGUAUGGAAGAACAAACAGUGUGAUUAGAGUCAAUUAUAUCUUCUGCCGGACAGGAGACCUGACGAAUGCUCCAGUUCCUCCAAGCAAAGUCCUUGAAGCAUCAGUGAAGGGAGAGCCUGGCGAGACAAUAUGUACCAGGUACUUGGGAGUUGUCUAGUAACUUGGAUGUUGAAGGGGGAGGGCCUAGCUCAGCACACAGGGUGAGGUCUGUACUGGGAUUACUGCCUUUAGAGAGCUGGAGAGACAAGAGGCUGAGGACUGAAAAAGAGAGGGUGAGCGAUUCUUAGAGGCCAGCAGGAUCCCAAAAAUGGCAAGUGGCCAGCCUGGACUGCCAGUGAUAGCCAGAACCCGGCUGCAGCUCGGAACCCAUGGCUCCUUCUCUCGCAGCCUGUGAGAUUUUGAGCUGGAGAGCCAGCAGAGCAGCCUGGUAAGUGGAAAUCAUGCCACUUCAAGACAUGGAAUCAUCGUUCCCAUUUGGAGUGAUCCUUGCUGUCCUGGCCUCCCUCAUUAUUGCUGCUAAUGCACUAGUGGCUGUGGCUGUGUUGUUGUUGAUCCACAAGAAUGAAGGUGUCGGUCUCUGCUUCACCUUGAAUCUGGCUGUGGCUGACACCUUGCUUGGUGUAGCCAUCUCUGGCCUAGUCACAGACCACCUCUCCAGCCCAGUUCGGCCCACACAGAAGACCCUGUGCAGUCUUCGGAUGGCAUUUGUCACUUCCUCCGCAGCUGCCUCUGUCCUCACAGUCAUGCUGAUUGCCUUCGACAGGUACCUUGCCAUCAAGCAGCCGCUCCGCUACUUCCAGAUCAUGAAUGGGCUCGUGGCUGGGGCCUGCAUUGCUGGGCUGUGGUUGGUGUCUUACCUCAUUGGCUUCCUCCCACUCGGAGUCCCUGUAUUCCAGCAGACCACCUAUCAGGGGCCCUGCAGCUUCUUUGCUGUGUUUCACCCACACUUUGUGCUGACCCUCUCCUGCGCUGGCUUCUUCCCAGCCCUGCUCCUCUUUGUCUUCUUCUACUGUGACAUGCUCAAGAUUGCCUCUGUGCACAGCCAGCAGAUCCGAAAGAUGGAACAUGCAGGAGCCAUGGCUGGAGCCUACCGAUCCCCACGGACUCCCAGCGACUUUAAGGCUAUUCGCACCGUGGCUGUUCUCAUUGGGAGCUUCACUCUAUCCUGGACCCCAUUCCUUAUCGCUGGUAUUGUACAGGGGGCCUGUGAGAAAUGCCACCUCUACCUAGUGCUGGAACGGUACCUGUGGCUGCUUGGUGUGAGCAACUCCCUGCUCAACCCGCUCAUCUAUGCCUACUGGCAGAAGGAGGUACGACAGCAGCUCCACCACAUAGCCCUGAGAGUGAAGAAGGGGCUCGCCUCAUUCUUCCUCCUUUUCUCAGCCAGGGGUGGUGGCCCAGAGAGGCCCAGGAAAAGUUCCUGCCACAUCGACACUGUCUCCCAGUCACAGCUUGAUGGCUAAGACGGUAAGGGCGGAGAAGUUUCAAAGUGCCUUCUUCCUUCCCUCGCUGGGUCCCGACUAGAUCAUGUACAGCUAGGAGAAUGAGGCAACUGACCACUCUCCACACCCCCAGGCUCUAGGCUGAGAGGUAACUGAGCAGGGUGCUGACUUUCUUCUGUAAUCAGCAUUGGCAAAUUUCCAUGCCUCUCUGUCCUGCUUUUGCAAUAAGUCUGUUUCUCCUGUAUAGAUAUACUUUCUUAAAGUGAGAAAUGUACUACUAAAAAUAAUCUUAAAAAUCAAAUCCUAGUUUUUGAAUACACUUCAGCAGCACUGUGGAAUAGAAAUAUAUAUAAUACAAGCCACAUAUAUAAUUUUAAAUGUUUUAGUAGCCAUGUUAAAAAAGUAAAAAAGAAAAAUACAUAUUAACCUUGUACCCAGUAUAUCAAAAACAUUAUUUCAACAUACAAUCAAUAUAAAAAAAUUAUUACACUAUAUUUUUAUCUUUGAAGUCUGGUGUGUAUUUUACCCUUACAAAACAUCUCAGUUCAAACUAAGCUAUACUUCAUAUGCUCAAUAGCCCAUAUGUGGCUACUGGCUACCAUAAUGGACAGCACAACACUGCAGAAAUGAAAUUCUAUUCUUUUUAACUAUUUACUAUAGUGAUUGCUUUGGUCAAGUGAGGAGUUCCGCCCUCCCUAUUGUAAAUCAGACAUUUUCUGUAGUGAGUUUACAUAAAAUGUAGGAACCCAAAUGAAAUUCUAAAGCUUGUCUUUCCCCAGACUUCAUGGUGUUCAAAAGAGUAUUUCUUUGGGAAAUAGCCUAUCUUGUGAUUAUUUCUGCUAUAACCCCUUCCCAUCCACCACCUUUCUAACUGCAGUGCU